UUCAAAUAGUCGUUAAAUACGAUCGCUGAGCAUUCUCUUAGUCCUGAAACGAAAGGAUGGAAGAUGGGGGUAUCCAUUUACUGCCAAGCUUACACCACUAACAUAAUCAAAACUUACAUACACGAAAUCCAAGUGUGGAAAAUCGAAGAAGCCACAAAAGAGAUUAAAGGAAAAGUGAGGCAAACUUGGAUUUACAUUACGGCGUACAUGUGCACGACCACAGCACUAGGUCUCCUGGGUGCGAUAUGCACCUUCGUACCAACUUCGAUAGACAAGGAUCUUAUUUUCGUUUACAAAAUAGUAGAACUGUAUUUUCCGCAAUGGGAAAAUGUUAUCGUGUGGUGUUUAAAACCUACGUUUUUUGUGUUGACCUACGUGGGAAUAAGUGUACCUGGAUUCGCGAUUUUGUAUUUCCACGGCCACGCCAACCUGCAAAAAUUUAUGCUGAAACACUGCAUACAAGAUAUCAACGCCAAGUUCGAGCACGUAGAGUACAUAAGAUGGAACAACGUGGAGUACCACAGACAGAUCGAAGAUAAAUUAAUGUCUUGUGUGAAGUACCACAUCCAGCUCACUGAAAUCGCUUCAAGAGCCUUAGGACUCACGCAAGUGUACGUUUUGCCGUUUCAAAUCAUGGGUACCUGCGUAAUGGCUAGUAUUCUUCUAGUCUUUUUUGCGUUUGAAGGUUCUUUGUCCGACCAGUAUUUUCGCAUGGUACUUAUGAUACUUACGACGUCUGCUAUGUUGCUAGGGUUUGCAGCCGGUGGGCAAGGAAUCGAAGAUUGGUCGGAGGAAAUAUACGAAGCUCUGAGCCAAGUCGAGUGGUACCACUGGAACUCAAAAAACAAAAAGACUUAUCUGUUUUUCCUGAUGCACGCAACGCGAAAAUUCAAGAUCAAGUACUCUGAAAAUAUUUCGCUUAACUAUCAGCUGGGGUUAAAGGUCGUGAACGCCAUUUUCUCCGCCAUGUCGGUCAUAUAUAGUUUACAGCAGAAGAAGAACUCUCGCAGAUUUUACAGUUACUUAUACAGGGCGACAAAUAGUGAUCAAAUAACAAAAACUCCGACAGAGCUGAAUUUUGGUACAGACCUUGGGUACACCAGUAGAAAUAAGUUGUCAAAAGUCCCCAUAGAUCCCAUGUGUUCUAAAAAAGUUAUUCAAGAUAUCGCCGUUCUAAAAGUUGAAGCAGUUACAUUCUACAUGAUAUGCACACAUUUCCACACCACCUGUGAUGUAGUGUACUUGGCGCGUUUUUUUAACGUGGUUUACCCAGGAAACCCAGUUUUUCAAGCUCGAUCGAAGCACAUAGAUUUACGAUAUCAUUUUAUUCGAGACUGUGUGAAGAAGGAGAUCGUGAUUGAGCACGUCGCUACUGAGGAGAUGACAGCGGACAUUCUAACCAAAGAACUUUCCAAGGCUAAGCAUGAAAAGUGUAUACAAGGUCUUGGGAUGAGACGCGACGGAGUAAAGUAUUUGCUUAUAAAUUCGCAAUCUAUCCCAGAGGCCUCGAGUUCGAUCCCCGCAAACCCAUUUUUUCCCUGA